AUGCUGCCAUUUCUGAAUCAACUUGAAAAAGAGCCAAACAUUGGCCCCUUCCUAGAACCAGUCGACUGGAAGGCCCUUGGCCUUCAAGACUAUCCUAAAAUCGUCAAAAAGCCUAUGGACUUAAGAACGAUCCGCGAAAGGGUGAAACAAGGCGGGUACGCUAACUUCGACAUGUUCUACGCGGAUGUCCAGCUCGUCUGGAACAACUGCAAGUCGUACAACAUUGCCGAGUCAGAGAUCUAUAGGAUGGCCGAAGACCUUGAAAGAACCAGCAAGAAAAUGUACAAGAAAAUGAUCAGCAGCACUAAGAAGAAGCGGGAUGAGAAAGAAGAGAAAUCCCAAGAAGAAGACGAAGAGGAUGAAGAAGGCGAUAUAAGCUUCGAUGAGAGAAUCAAGUUUACCGAUUAUGUCAGGAAAUUGACCAUAGAGCAGAUGACCACUUUGGUAAAAAUGAUCCAAGAUACUUCCCCAGGCGUUUUGGAAGAUCUAGAUACGGAUAAAUUGCAGAUUAAGGUCAAUGAUAUUAGUAAAGACCAUUUUGAGAAGUAUAUGAGUUAUGUUCAAAAUUGAAGCACCAAGGAAACCAAGGCCAAAUCUGGAAGUGUUGCUGAAGAAGAAAAUUCUAAGAGCAAUAAUGAGGAGCAAGAUGAGCCAAUGGGCAGCCAGACAAAAGUUCCAGAGAAGACUAUUAAAAAGGAAGAGAAUGAUGAAGAGGAAGCAAAGAACAGUGACGAUUCUUCUAAGAAGUACGGACCUGAAGGAAAGAGGUUUAAAGCUGAAUAAGCUUCUAAAUAUAACUAUUUC